AUGCAGAACCGAGAGGGCUGGGAGGUGCUAUCCCAGAGUGCUUCAGAGCUCUUGAUGACGUCACUUCAGCCUAGAGCGAUCUUUAAUGGUCAUACACAUCACAGUUGUCGUGUCACACAUCGAGGAAAUGUCCCAGAGUUCACCUUGCCUUCGUUUAGUUGGAGGAAUAGAAAUGAUCCGAGCUUUGUAUUGGUGAGUGAAUCGUUGAUUCCUGAUUUGUCCACCUUUAGGUAGCCCGAGUUAUUCGUCUGACUCAGGCUACCUUUAGGAAACCUGGCUAGGAAACAAUGUUUCCUGGUUUGUCCACCUUCAGGAAACAUGGCUAGGAAACAAGGUUUCCUGGUUUGUCCACCUUCAGGAAACAUGACUAGGAAACAAUGUUUCCUGAUUUGUCCACCUUCGGGAAACAUGGCUAGGAAACAAUAUUUCCUGGUUUGUCCACCUUCAGGAAACAUGACUAGGAAACAAUAUUUCCUGAUUUGUCCACCUUCGGGAAACAUGGCUAGGAAACCAUGUUUCCUGGUUUGUCCACCUUCAGGAAACAUGGCUAGGAAACAAUGGUUUCCUGGUUUGUCCACCUUCAGGAAACAUGGCUAGGAAACAAUUCAUGGCUUAACUCGCAUCUUUCUCUUCCCAGGCGACAUUCAACCCAAACGCGUUCUCAGUUCGCAAGUGCUUUCUUCCUGAAGAGAAUACUGUAAUUUUACUCUACAUAUUACUGGGAAUUUGCAGCUUCUUUUACAUAUUCUGGAACCAUUUUCGAGGGAAAUAUUACGGUCCACAGGUCUAUAGAGCAAGGGUAUUUCAUCACAGAGAAUGAAAAUAUGUUAGCGUUUGCUAUUUUUAGUUUCAGUAAUUUUAAUUUGACGGAAUAAGAAUAAUUAAUAUACAGUAUAUGAUCGAUAUUUGAACAAAACAGCAAUUUUUGAUUUUAAGAAACUAUAUAUUUUUAAUUUAGUGAAGAACAAAUGUACAGAGUCGAUUACACACGAAAAAAACUUUAUCUACAAAUAUGUAUCAUCUACACAUAAACACAGAACUAUUUCACCUAAAGAAAUGGGACUAUAAUUAAAGAUAUUUUACAAUGAUCAAUUUAUGUUAGCUAUGCUUAUUGAUGGAUUUUUGACUAUAAGAAUUCUUUGCAACUGCAAGGAAUUAGGGUUAGACCAUACAGACAGGUUUGAUGACGGUUUUAUGUUGCUUAUAAUUCCACCGUUGAAUCGUGCAGGCAAAAUUCAAAAAUAGUGAAAGUUAACAUGGUCCCGCUUUGCAAGAACGGGAUAAGAGCUGGGAAAAUUUUGGUGAUGUAAAGGGAAUCCAUGUUAACAGACCGUUAACGUUAAUUUUAACUGAUGCUAUGAUAUUAUGGACUUUCGUCAGUUUAUGACCGUUAUCAGCCAAUUCACAUUUUUUCUGAUAACUCAAAUGCCUAGUUACCACUGUUCUGAUAAUGUAAGCAUAGAAUGGAACAAAGGUAACCAAGCAUUUAAAUUAUAUAUGCGAGUGAAUUGAUAACUCACAUGCCUAGUUACCACUGUUCUGAUAAUGUAAGCAUAGAAUGGAACAAAGGUAACCAAACAUUUAAAUUAUAUAUGUGAGUGAAUUGAUCACUCACAUGCCUAGUUACCACUGUUCUGAUAAUUGUAAGCAUAGAAUGGAACAAAGGUAACGAAACAUUCAAUUAUACAUGCGAGUGAUUUGGAUGGUAACAAUCAUAAAUACAGAAUAUUCUAUAAUCACAAUUAAAAGUUUGAAGAAGCUGAACUAGUGCUGAAACUACACUUUAUAUUAACAAAAAUCCAAUCCUUUUCAAAUACUAAACAGUUCAAUGUUCGUAAACUGGCGUUACAUGUUUCGAGAGGCGAACGUCUCUGGUUCAUGCUGAUGGUUUCAAAGGUUUCAUGGCUGCGGCAGCGUUUGGAAACAUGGUGUGAUACUGGGACAAUGGAACUGUUUGAGCCAACAGCUGUUUGCCUGCAAAAGAAAGAAAAUUACUUUAAAAAGAUCGGAAUAGCUAGUGUUUACAAUACACAAGUAACUGAUGGUGUGUUUUUAAUGGCCUACAGUAAGUAAUUAGUAUUCUGUGAUUGAGUAGUUAUGGAAACUAAUAUUAGAAUGCUGUUUUUAGGGUUUGUAAUCCAAGUGAGUAUAUAUACACUUUUAAGACCUGACCAGGAACCGGCGACUGCAAAAAAUGCAGCACAAAGUCCUCUGGUAGGAAUUGAACCUACGGCCCUGCGAUUCCUGCACCGGAAUCGCAGGGCCGUAGGUUCAAUUCCUACCAGAGGACCUUGUGCUGCAUUUUUCGCAGUCGUUCCUGGUCAGGUCUUAAAAGUGUAUAUAUACUCACUUGGAUUGCAAACCCUAAAAGCAGCAUUCUAAUAUUAAUACCACCAAGUGAAGUGCAAGAAACCAAGAUCAUUUGAUGGAAACUAAUACCAUGGAUCAUAACAUUUUUUUAACUAUCUAUGAUAAUACCAACCUGCAAACCAUCUUCCUUGCAUCGUUUUAACAGCAGCAACAGCAACAUCGGGCGUAGCACAUUUCACAUAAACAUUGCCCUAAAAAUACGGUAGAACAAACGUUAUAGGUCAAUAUCGGUUAUAACCUACACGUGACAGUACCCUAGCAUAUAUACAUGAACUUGUGGUUAGAGCUCGACAACUGGCCUCUGUAGCUCAGUUGGUUAGAGCUCGACAACUGUCUCUCUGUAGCUCAGCUGGUUAGAACUCGACAACUGUCUCUCUGUAGCUCAGUUGGUUAGAGCUCGACAACUGUCUCUCUGUAGCUCAGUUGGUUAGAUCUCACAACUGUCUCUCUGUAGCUCAGCUGGUUAGAACUCGACAACUGUCUCUCUGUAGCUCAGUUGGUUAGAGCUCGACAACUGUCUCUCUGUAGCUCAGUUGGUUAGAGCUCGACAACUGUCUCUCUGUAGCUCAGUUGGUUAGAGCUCGACAACUGUCUCUCUGUAGCUCAGUUGGUUAGAACUUGACAACUGUCUCUCUGUAGCUCAGUUGGUUAGAGCUCGACAACUGUCUCUCUCUAGCUCAGUUGGUUAGAACUUGACAACUGUCUCUCUGUAGCUCAGUUGGUUAGAGCUCGACAACUGUCUCUCUGUAGCUCAGUUGGUUAGAACUUGACAACUGUCUCUCUGUAGCUCAGUUGGUUAGAGCUCGACAGCUGUCUCUCUGUAGCUCAGUUGGUUAGAGCUCGACAACUGUGUCUCUGUAGCUCAGUUGGUUAGAGCUAAACAACUGUCUCUCUGUAGCUCAGUUGGUUAGAGCUUGACAACUGUCUCUCUGUAGUUCAGUUGGUUAGAGCUCGACAACUGUCUCUGUAGCUCAGUUGGUUAGAGCUCGACAGCUGUCUCUCUGUAGCUCAGUUGGUUAGAGCUCGACAACUGUGUCUCUGUAGCUCAGUUGGUUAGAGCUUGACAACUGUCUCUCUGUAGCUCAGUUGGUUAGAGCUUGACAACUGUCUCUCUGUAGCUCAGUUGGUUAGAGCUCGACAACUGUCUCUCUGUAGCUCAGUUGGUUAGAGCUCGACAACUGUCUCUCUGUAGCUCAGUUGGUUAGAGCUCGACAACUGUCUCUCUGUAGCUCAGUUGGUUAGAGCUUGACAACUGUCUCUCUGUAGCUCAGUUGGUUAGAGCUUGACAACUGUCUCUCUGUAGCUCAGUUGGUUAGAGCUCGACAACUGUCUCUCUGUAGCUCAGUUGGUUAGAGCUUGACAACUGUCUCUCUGUAGCUCAGUUGGUUAGAGCUUGACAACUGUCUCUCUGUAGCUCAGUUGGUUAGAGCUUGACAACUGUCUCUCUGUAGUUCAGUUGGUUAGAGCUUGACAACUGUCUCUCUGUACCUCAGUUGGUCAGAGCUCGACAACUGUCUCUCUGUAGCUCAGUUGGUUAGAGCACUGCACUGGAAUCGCAGGGCCACAGAUUCGAUUCCUGCCAUAGGGGCCGAUAUAGUUUAGCAGUUACUCCUGGUUUCGUAAUAUAAACACUUUCCCACUAAUUCUUGCUGCAUUAAGCCAUAGGAUUUAAUGAUACAGGUAUACAUCCAAAUCUCCUUCGUGAUAGAAAUUAAAGUUAUAACCUGCAUUGGUACUGGUAGAUAUGCACUCAGUUUUAGAUGCAUCACAGUGCAGACUGACAUGGCAAGCCGAAAUACAUCGUGCUUGUUUUCAAAAGAAAAAAUGAAAAAUUUUAAUUUCUCCGAGAAAAAUUGUCCGACCAAUAGACCUUAUGCAUAAUGACGUCACAAGGCUUGAUACCCGCGAGGAAUGCUGGUCUUAGUAGUCAUCGCCCGGGAAAAUUAAACAAUUCAAAAUGGGCAUUUUCGAAAUUUUCCCGGGCGAUGACUACUAAGACCAAUAUUUCUCGCGAGCAUCAAGCCUUGCGACGUCAUCAUGCAUAAUGUCUAUUCUUGUCGUGGCCAGGCAUUUGUCCUUCCAAGCAGAAUACAGGUGUAAUUAUUUGUAGGUUUGCUACUCCUAUAUAAGCGCUCGUCGUUAUAUCUUAAUUUGUUUUCGUUUAGGCUGCCAGUCGACAUCGCUGCUGUUAUUUGGUAAGUACGGUCAAUCCUCUUAUAAAGUCCGUUUAUAAAGCCCCCUCCUUCAUUUUCAGGGCUAUGCAUUGCAAUAUAUAUAAGGCUAUAAGCAAAACUUACUGAAGUUCAGACAUUAUUUUCUCUUUGGAGUACCAUCCAAAAUCUCUUCAUUUUAGCAUUAUUUUACAGAUGAAAUACUAACCAUUACACUUGUUAAGAAGGGUUCGCAAAAUACCAGGCCACCCCAAAAAUUUGGUUGCCAGCGAGGCCAUUUCUGACUAUAUAGUCUAACCCAGGUUAAAUGAAAAACGAACCACGUUACAGUAACUCACGAUAAACUCGUGCGAAUUUUUAACCAUGCGAAAGCUAACGAAUCGCCCGUCAAAACCGUUUUAUAUCAUCAAUUUUUUGACAACGCCUAUGGUUAAAAGUUACAUUUCUCGGAACUGUUUCUGGUUUCCGCCUUCAACUCUAGCUUGAUCAAGUGAGGUGUCUAUAUGCCAUCAUUAUGUGUUACUUUAGGUGAAACUGUACGAAUCAGAGUUCUUGAAGAAUGGUGGUGAUGCUAACUGGUUGAAAGGAUUAAAUUAUGUUCCUAAGAAACUACACAACUUACACACCAUCAACAAAAUACUGGCACACCAACCGUGGACCGUCAACUCUGAUAACAUGAAGGUUUGUUUGCUUUGUACAGUACAUAGCAAUAGCUUAGCAUUCUGUUUUUAAACCAGUGGCUUUUGAAAGACCUAUAAAAGUCUGGUACCAAAUAUCACAAGCAUUGUUUAGGAGCAAGUGACAAGAAUGCAAUCACACUCAUAUAACGUAAUUGUCUUAUUAAAUAAUGACUAUUAAAUAAAACUUAAGCUAUAAAGUUGGCAAUACAGCAAACCGCAAUAUAUGAUUCUGUGCAAUGCAUGCCAAUGAUGAUUUUAUACAAUCUGUCUUAUUUUGUGUAUGAUUCCUUACAGCUCUCCUGAUAAAAAAUUAAACAAUUAGAAUUGAAAGUUACAUUAAAUAACAACGCUAAUCGACAUGAUUAAUUGAUUAUCUUAGGAAAAAGAUCUAAUGUCAGUCAAGUCGAUUGGCUGUUUAAUGAAUCUGAAUUUUGCUUGUUAUGCCCAAAAUAUAACAUGGCCUUUAAAUGAACAUAAUGAAAAAAUCAGCUGACAUAAAUUUGCUUGUUAGAGUAUAUAAACACCGAAAUUACAUAUUGGAUUGCUUUGCUUCGUAGCGGUUUUAUACCAUUCGUGAAUGGUUAAAUAAACUACAUGAUUUUUUGAAACGUAUAGGAACUCCGCGAAGGUGAAGACAGUUGGUCAUUAUCAGAGCUAGUUCAAGCCAUCACCAUCUUAAUUCACUUCCACUGUUUAUCAAGUUUCGUAUUUGGGUGUGGUGUGACCCCAGAGGUUGAUCUGGAGGGCGGACACACCUUUAGACCUCCUUCAUUGACCACGGAACAGGAUAGGAACGGUGUGCAACAGGCGCUCGACGAAGGAAGAUCGAAGAACAAGGAGUUUGUGGCUUUGAUGAAUGCCGUGUCAAAAAAGCACAAAGAUCAACGCGAAGUUUGUGUGGAAAAAACACGGGAGGAGUUUGAGAAUAUUGCCUCUGAUGAAGGUACGCCUUAUUUAUUUUAUUACAGCUAGGUGUCCACGGGUCUUGAAAAUCCUGGAAAGUCCUUGAAUUGGAAACAAAUUCCAUGACUGGAAACUAAGUCCUUGAAAAUCAGUAAAGUCCUUGAAAGUCCUGGAAUUAAUUUCCUUCACCUGCAACUGUACCAACAUUAGUGAUUUUGAUUAAAAUUACUGAAUACAGUGAAUUGCUGGUUAAAGUCCAAAAUUUGCUGGUUAAAGUCCAAAAUUUGCUGGUUAAAGUCCAAAAUUCGUGCCAUUUUCAAAGAUUUUUCCCAGUUCUAGGUCCUUGAAUUUACUGAAAAAGGGCCUUGAAAGUCCUGUCAAAAGUCCUUGAAUUUCACCUUCACCAAAGGGUGGACACCCUGCUAUAGCUUUCUUAUGCUGAUAUAUAUUGAUGCAUGGGAAAUCUUUAUGGAUGAUUGAAUGAUAACAUUUUUGAAAAGUCGACUGGGAACCUGUCGCAGUGAAUAUGAAUCUUCACUGCUUCAAUUCUAUACCGCAUGCAUUAAAGAGCUACUAAAUUUAUAUUUAAGUGAAUUUUUCCUAUAAUCUAUAGUUAUUACCAGUUAAUGGACCUUUCCCCUUAUAACUAAAAUUUCGAUCUACACAAAAAUUUCAUCACAGCUUGAAAGAGCAUCACAAAAUUAGUAAUAUUCCAAAGUUUUGUUGCAAAAUCUUGUAAAAUGCGGAUAACUCGCUUAGGAAAAUCUACACAGUAUUGUAAAACGUCACUUUAUCGCGACUCUUAUUUUAAUAGAAUUAUAGUCCACCAGUACUGUAUACAGGUGGCGAGCCAAUUUCUAGUUUUGAAAGGAAACUUAAUUAAAGCAUUUUAUAUCUCGAAAGACUAUAAACUUUGUAUUUGAUGCUGAUGAUGUCGAAAUGUGUAUUCUAAAUGUCAUCGGACUUUUUCCUACCAUCGAAGAUAACAAAGAACAUAAAAUUUACCAUCUAAUACUUAAAGUACUGAAUCUGAGCCAAUGAACUUGCAUAAUUUACUAAUGAGAGCAAGGCUCCAAGACCAAAAAGUAUGUGUGACGUAAUUAUCAAAAGGGUGCAUUAUGAUUCAGUUUUUCAAAUUGCAUAAAUUGAUUUAUAAAACGAUCUCCCUUCUACUUGAAGCCGGCAAUCAUUUUGUUUCCCUUACCUGAAAUCCUUCAUUUUUUAUCCUCACUUUUUCAUCUAGUUGUGACGGUCAGUGAUUCCGACAAUCCUUGCACAUUACCCGAAGCAAGUUUCGCACAUUAUCUUGAAGAUCCAACCUUCCGAUAUAAGAACUUCGCUGAUAGGCUAGAUCGUAACCAAUCGCUGAACGUCAAUGAGUAUUCGUGGGAAGGAUACGGCUUCUCAUUGGUCGAUAGGUUCUAUCCUGAGAUGGGACAGUUACUCGAUGAAAAGUUCAAAGUUUGUGAAAGCCUCACGUAUAACACGUAAGUUUCUGCCUAAAUUAAACCAACUUUAUUUAUACUGGAUAGCUCUAUCAGUUCUAAACUGUUCUCCCUGGAGGUCCAGUAAGGAUCAUCUCUUAUUGAUCCAGUGUUACUACAGGAGGAAACCUAAACUAAACUAACUUUAUUUAUACAGGAUAGCUCUAUCAGUUCUAAACUGUUCUUCCUAGAGGUCCAGUAAAGAUCAUCUCUUAUUGAUCCAGUGUUACUACAGGAGGAAACCUAAACUAAACUAACUUUAUUUAUACAGGAUAGCUCUAUCAGUUCUAAACUGUUCUUCCUAGAGGUCCAGUAAAGAUCAUCGUUCAUUGAUCCAGUGUUACUACAGGAGGAAUCCUAAACUAAACUAACUUUAUUUAUACUGGAUAGCUCUAUCAGUUCUAAACUGUUCUUCCUAGAGAGAGGUCCAGUAAGGAUAAUCUCUUAUUGAUCCAGUGUUACUACAGGAGAAAACCUAAACUAAACUAACUUUAUUUAUAUUGGAUAGCUCUAUCACUUCUAAACUGUUCUUCCUAGAGAGAGGUCCAGUAAGCAUCAUCUCUUAUUGAUCCAGUGUUACUAGAGGAGGAAACUUAAACUAAACUAACUUUAUUUAUACUGGAUAGCUCUAUCAGUUCUAAACUGUUCUCCCUAGAGGUCCAGUAAGGAUAAUCUUGUAUUGAUCCAGUGUUGCUACAGGAGGAAACCUAAACUAACUUUAUUUAUACUGGAUAGCUCUAUCAGUUCUAAACUGUUCUUCCUAGAGGGCCAGUAAGGAUCAUCUCUUAUUGAUCCAGUGUUACUACAGGAAGAAACCUAAACAAAACUAACAUUUAUACUGGAUAGCUCUAUCAGUUUUAAACUAGUGUUCUUCCUAGAGGGCCAGUAGGAUCAUCUCUUAUUGAUCCAGUGUUACUACAGGAAGAAACCUAAACAAAACUAACAUUAUUUAUACUGGAUAGCUCUAUCAGUUUUAAACUAGUGUUCUUCCUAGAGGCCCAGUAGGAUCAUCUCUUAUUGAUCCAGAGUUUCUACAGGAAGAAACCUAAACAAAACUAACUUUAUUUAUACUAGAUAGCUCUAUCAGUUUUAAACUAUUCUUCCUAGAGGUCCAGUAAGGAUCAUCUCUUAUUGACGUGACCAACGUUGCCAGUAUGUGGCACAUCUCGUUACAGAAAGUGUAGACCAGAAUUUAAGUUAAACAUUGAUUAACAAUUUUCAUCCCAAGCGUCUUACACUUGUAUUUUGUAUUUCAGAGUUGGUACAGAAGAAAGUGUGGACACGAAAACGUUUCGACAAGCGACAUGGAACUACAUACACGUACUGUUUGGCCUCUUUCAUGAUGACUACAGAUAUAACGAGGUAAUACAUAAUGCACAUGCAAGACUGGCGACCAUUUCUAUGGCGAGAGAAAUUAUAGAGCAUGUUAUACAUGAGGCUGUGACUUGGAAAGCGAUUUCUGGCACAGUGCUACGUUUUCUAAAAUGUAUUUGCAGAGGAACUGAGCAUUGCGUGGUUAACAUGGCUCUAUUUUUCCAUCAUAAAAAAACCCAGUUGUUUAACCUUACUGAUAUUGUCUGUACCAAAUUAGAACUGCUGAAUUAAGAGUAUGUUUUGGAGAAAGUGCGAAUAUUUUUGUAUAUAAUAUAGUGCCAGUUUCCAUCUUCGAAAAACCCUUGAACAAUUACUUGUACGAACACGCUCUUAGUAGACAUUCUUUUCCUCCGGUAGGUAAACAGUUUAAUGGAAAGAAGCUACAAAGCAUAUAUUAAGAAGGUCGGUAUUGCUGAAAUUAAGUAUUGUUGACAUUUAUUAAUUACAUCUUUGAGGAUUACAGUGAAACAUUGCAGAUAAUAUUCAAAGGCAUAAUCAUCCAAGUUGAAUGGUCAUGCUGAUAAUAUUUGAAGGCAUAAUCAUCCAAGUUGAAUGGUCAUGCUGAUAAUAUUCAAAGGAAUAACCAUCUAAGUUGAAUGUUACAUUCAAGAAACACUCGUCAACCUUUCAUUUUGUUAAAAUCUAUAACUUAAAAUGUCCCUUGCCACAUUGUGCGAUUCUCAUUGACCGGCUUACGUUUACCCUGAUGUGCCUUAAUCCACUUCUAUGCAGAAUUCAUACUGUAGAUGUUGUUUAGACCGUGUUUCUAUAUAUUGAGGACCGUUGGCACCGUUAUUUUAAUCAUUCUCCAUAAUCUCCUAUUUUUUUCAAUGAUAAUUUUUCUUUCUAGGUCGUCUGUUAUCCUGAACAAACCACGCAAAAUGAUUACCUAAAUUGUAUACAACAUCUCACUCACUCUGAGAAGGUAAAUACUAAAUAUUAUCAUUGCUUAACAAACAGAUUAAGCGAGAGAGCAAGCGUUUCUCGCCUCUGAGCUCGUGGCUUCGAUUCUCGCUCUUAUGUGAAAAGAGUCGGUCAUUUCAUUGAUAUCCAACCAAUGAUUCCGUGAUUAAAAAUAUUCUAUCACAUUUGUAAUUUCAUAGAUACUCGAAACUUUUAUUCAAAGACUUUCAGAAGUUUUGAGGGAAGGGUAUAGUUGCCCCUACCCACUCCCUCGCUAGUCUCUGCCACUGUUUCCAAACUUUCGGGAGAAUGGGUAAUUUCAGCUAUAGACUAAAUUUUGAUCUAGACAGGAUGAACGAAACCAUUACCAUAGCUGGAAAGAGCAUCUUAAAAUGAGUAAAAUUUGCAGAGUUUGGUUGCGAAUUGUUGUAAAAUCAAGGAAAGUAUAGCCCUGCGAAGUUCGCAAAUUUUGUAUAUAUUUGCAUUACGCGCGGGGAAAAUAAACAUUUUUGAACCCAGAAUGGUUAUUUUUCCCGCGCGUAAUACAAAUAUAUAUAAAAUUUGCGAACUUCACAGGGCUAUAUUUUCCUCAUUUUACAACAUUUCGCAACCAAUCUUUGCAAUUGUACUCAUUUUAAGAUGCUCUUUCCAGCUAUGGCAAUGGAUUUCGUUCAUCCUGUCUAGAUAAAAAUUUCGUCUAUAAGUGUGGAAUCAACCAUUUUCUACAAAAUUUGCGAACUUCGCAGGGCUAUAUUUUCUUCAUUUUACAACAUUUCGCAACCAAUCUCUGCAGUUUAACUCAUUCUAAGAUGCUCUUUCUAGCUGUGGUGUUGGAUUUCGUUCUUCUUGCCUUGAUCAAAAUUCAGUCGAUAUAGCUGGACUCACCCCUUGGCAGUUUGUAACAUUUAUUAUUUUUCCUUGUAGGUGCAUAUCAACCUCAUCGCAUUCGAAGCAAGAAUGCAAGCGGAACUGUUGUACGCCCUCCGCGCUGUCAUGAGGUAG